UGUGUAUCACAUGAUUCUUGUCUUGUGACUUAACAGACUGGCCGCAGGAAAGCAUUUUCUAAGUUUACAAGAUAGUUUCAAGGGUCUCGGUCACCCGAUAUUUGAUUUAUUUAUUAUUUUAGGAAAAGGAAUAACAGAAACGGAACAAAUCAGAUAAAGUACUGUCUAAUUGUUGUUGGAUUCCUGCUGGGCUGCCACCUUGUCCUCUCUAAGAUUUGCAGAGUGAACAGAGCGAGAUUGAGUGGUUAGCAGACUUGCUAAGCUAGCUAGCUAGCUAGCUAGGCAGCUACCGUCCGCAUCUAUCUAGGAACUAGGAGUGAAAGUGAAAGCUAGCGAAGGAGUGUUUUCCUUUUCCUUAGUUGCGUUUUUAAUGGGUAACAUAGGGCGCCGCUUCUCGCUUUCUACCACUCUAGGUGGCCUUGAAGAAACCCGAGCAAACUAAUAAAAGUUAUCUUGUGAGCUCUGUUAAAGCUCUAAAUACACAGAACAAAAAUAACACUAAUUGCCAAACUAGCUGAGUCGAGGAAGGAACGCGUCGGACAUGGAUGGAAAGCCUUUGUUGCAAGACAGACCCCCUGCCUACAAUGUUGUGGCUGGGGCAUACGAAUACGGGCAACAACACAAUUAUGGAGCUAUACCGCCGCCGGCUCCUCCGCCGCCACACUUCCAACAACCGCCCCCACCAUAUCAGUAUCCCGAUGGACAAGGGUACCCACAGCCCCCUGCCCAGCUGUCCCCUGUGUCUCAGCAGCCAAACUAUGGAGGCACAUACACCAUAAUCCAGCCCUCUGUGGUUGUGGUAGGAGGCUGCCCGGCUUGUAGAGUUGGAGUGCUGGAGGAUGACUUCACCUGCCUGGGGAUUCUAUGUGCCAUUGUCUUCUUCCCCAUCGGAAUCCUCUUCUGCCUUGCACUACGCCAGAGGAGAUGUCCCAACUGUGGGGCCACCUUUGGCUAGAGGGACCAGGCCGGAGCUGUGGAUCCUGCUGCUGGCCUUUCAGAUGUUCCCUUUUUGCAUUAGUACACCGAUGAUGCCAUGCACGUGAUGCCUGCUGACCUUGAAGGUGUGACGGAAAGCGGAACAGAAAGACACGUGCAGGGGUAUCUGUCAUUUUCAUUCACACGCAUGCACUACCUUUGCUUUCAUCGAUUAGUGAUUGAUGCCUUUGGGUAAUAAACAGAAAAAGAACAAAUGUAAUAAUUAAGGAAUAUAAUACAUUAUAUGAAUGUAUUAUACAAACGUGUCGCUCAUGGAAUUGCUGCUUUGAUUCACCCAGUAGAAGUAUGUCGUCUGGAGUAAUGUGGAUCAGUAUCUUUAUGUUCAUGUGUGUUCGACAGAAUUGCGUUACUCCAGCAUCCGUAGCCCCAGAGCUGGGUCUUGAUGGUUAAAACAUGUAUCUGGUUGGUUCUUCCUGUGCUUCAGAUUGAACGAUUCCCCAAUGUUUUCUUCCAGUCUUCUUGAGCACUUUAGUUCAUCACACAGAAAUAUGUACGGUUUCCCCACUGUUAGUUCUGUUCUCUCUUGUGAACACAGAAUAGACAUCGUAAGGACAUGCACUGCUACAGUAAAUGGAUACAUUAUACUUUUAGCUCUUAAAGGCAAAAUGUUUUUUUAUGAGAUGCUUUAUAUUCCAAACAUGUUGUGCAUUUAUUUUUUUGUAAAGGAAACCAGCAUUCUUUGGCUGUUCUCUGGGUUUGGGGGCCAUGCAUACUGAUCUUUGCUGGUGGUGGUAAUAUUCAUUGCAGACCCUGAGCAUCAAACAAAAGGUAACAGUGACUCAAAAUGGUUCUGCUAGUGUAACAAUUUCAAGAAAUGCACAUAUUAUUUUGAUCAAGGGACGUCUUGUCAGAUUAUACUUUUUGAACAACUUUAACCACUGGAACAUGACUCCUUUUACCAGACCGAAUUGCUUCCCUUUUAAUGAAAGACAAUCAAGUGUGUUUCUGUGUAUGCUGCAUCUUUGCAUUGAAUGGCAAAUUAGACAUAUUGAAGAUGUAAUUAUUUGCAAUUGUUUCACUGGUAUAAUGCUUUUAAACCACAUCACACUUGCUGUUAAAAUUUAAUGUCACUAUUUUAUAUACUGUAAGAGAAUUGUAAAUAAAAAUGAUAUGAAGAGAUUAA